AUGGAGGACCGACGCGCCUCUGCCACGCAGCAGGCCGACAUUGCCCUUGCCAAUCUCGGCUACAAGAGCGAGCUCCCGCGUAACCUCAAGAUGAUGUCCGUCCUCGGCCUGUCCUUUGCCAUCAUGGCCGUGCCCUACGGCCUCUCCACCACAAUGUCCUACUCGCUCGUCAACGGCCAGUCCGUCACCACCCUCUACGGCUGGUGCCUCGUCUCCAUCAUCUCGCUCUGCAUCGCCGCCUCGCUCGCCGAAAUCUGCGCCGUCUACCCAACCGCCGGCGGCGUCUACUACUGGAGCGCCAUGCUCUCGAGCCGUCGCUGGGCGCCCAUUGUCAGCUUCAUCGACGGCUGGCUGACGCUCGUCGGCAACUGGACCAUUACCCUGUCCAUCAACUUUGGCGGCGCCCAGCUCAUUGUUUCUGCUAUAUACAUGUUUGACGAGAGUUAUGUCAUUCAGUCCUGGCAUACGGUUCUGAUCUUUUGGGCGAUUAUGCUCGUCUGCGCCGCCAUCAACGCCUUUGGCUCGAGAUACCUCGACCUCAUCAACAAGGUCUGCAUCUACUGGACCGGCGCCAGCGUCAUCAUUAUUCUCGUCACGCUCCUGUCCAUGGCGGACACGCGCAAUUCCGGCCGAUAUGUCUUUGCGCACUACGACAGCUCUGAAAGCGGCUGGCCUGCCGGCUGGUCAUUCUUUGUUGGUCUGCUCCAGCCUGCAUACGUCCUCACCGGCUACGGCAUGGUCGCGUCCAUGUGUGAAGAAGUCCAAAAUCCCGAGCGCGAGGUCCCCAAGGCUAUUGUCCUCUCCGUCGCCGCCGCCGGUGUCACCGGCCUCUUCUACCUCGUCCCGCUGCUCUUCGUCAUCCCUGAGGUGGGCGCCCUCCUCAAGGAAGCCAACGACCAUGCCGGUGGCCAGCCCAUCGGCAUCAUCUUCAAGCACGCCACGGGCUCUGCCGGCGGUGGCUUCGGUCUGCUCUUCCUCAUCCUCGGCAUUCUCAUGUUUGCUGGCAUUGGCUCCUUGACGGCCGCCUCGCGUUGCACCUACGCUUUUGCCCGCGAUGGUGCCAUCCCCGGCUACAAGCUGUGGCGUCGCAUCAACCACCGCUUCGACAUGCCCAUCUGGGCCCUUCUCCUGUCCACGAUCGUCAUCUCUCUCCUCGGCUGCAUCUACUUUGGCUCCCCGACCGCCUUCAACUCCUUUACUGGCGUCGGUACCAUCUGUCUCUCCGCGUCCUACGCCGUGCCCGUCAUCGUCAACCUCGCCCAGGGCCGCGUCGCCGUCAAGGACUCGCCAUACUCGCUUGGUCGCUGGGGCGUGGUGGUCAAUGGUGUCUGCGCCGUCUGGAUCUUCUUUGCCAUUGUCAUCUUCUCCAUGCCCAGCGCCCUGCCCGUGGAGGCCGACACCAUGAACUACGCCUCGGUCGUCUUUGCGGGGUUUGCGGCGAUUGCGGGCCUCUGGUACCUGGUGCAUGCGCGACACAACUUCACCGGCCCGCCCGUGCUGCGGAGCGACUCGGUCGGUGCGACGGACGGUGUGGCGCCGCGGGACUCGCAUACCGACUCGCCGGAUUGCGAAAAAGAAGCAAAGUAG